AACGGUUUAGUUUGAUACAAGACGUGGUUUAGUUUGAACCACCGCACUAAAGUAACCUGCAAUAAGUCCAAAAUAGAUAGACGUUGUCAGUUUUGUUUUGUUUUCAUCCAAUGAAGCCGACCACAGCUUAGUCAACGUCCAUCCGUGGACCGAGAAGCAACGUAUUGUAUAAUAUGACAGUUGUGUUGUGCGCGUAGAGAACACAGUUCGAAAAGUUAGUAUUGUCGUUUUUAUCCCUUAUCGUUAGUUUAGCCAACAGUUGGGUUGUAAACAUCGCCGCAUGUCAUAUAAAACGAUUAGUCAGUGUUUGUGGUAUUUGCACAACUCAACCAAAAGUCAUCAGGCUUUGUGAUAAAAAGAAGUGUAGCCAAUGAACUGACUGAGUGCCAACUUGUUGCGUGUGGUAAAAUCCUAUUAGUGAACAGCCUUUGUCUGCAAUUUAGAUUCUAAUUUGCGUUGCUGUUUUCUGCUACUCGAAGAUACACCAGCAAGAGGACAUACAUUUAAUUAAUUUUCUUUCAUUUUCUACCGGGCGUCGUCUAUACGUGCACCAUUGUCCUUAUCAAACGAGAAAGGAUAGCAACUGAUGACAUGCUGUGAGAUCAAUAACGAAUCAAACUACUAUCGUUAUCAAACCUGAAUAAAGGAGGUGAACAAUGAUAACGAUUGGCUUCGAAUAUCAACUGAAUUUAUCUCAAAACGCGGACUGCUCGAAGAGUUCGAUUUUCUAGUCGAAACAGGCCUAACAAAUUUUCCUGUAUGUUCCCGAAAAACUGUGAUACUGUGCUUAGAAAAAACACAAAUUUUUCCAUUAGUUUAUUGUAAGUGAACGAAUGUGUAUUUGUGUAAUCGUCGAAACGAAAGUAAGGAGAAAGACCGAACGUAGCAAAACAACACUGACGAGAAGGUACUGUCCUAUCGAGUUGCCUCUCUGCUCGAGAGAUCGUUGCUUUUGAGUUCUGGUAGUUUCGGAGUGACCAUCCGAAAACGAAACAGAAAGAAGAGGUGUGCACAAACAAGCGAUAAAAUGACGGGGAAAGAAACAUCCGCCCUAGUGGACAAAGGCGCAUUGCCCAAAAUCGUGGCCACCAGCGAUAAAGGUGUAACCCUUCCGAACCUCGAGGGUCAGCCCAGCAAGAGCGAACGGGGCAAAGCAUUACGGCAAGUGAUAGCCGCUUUCAUUGCCAACAUCGGUACGAUCAACACCGGGCUGAUAUUCGGUUUUUCGGCUGUCGUUAUACCGCAGCUGCAGGCUCCAGAUUCCAUCAUCACAGUGGACGAAAGCCAGUCAUCGUGGGUCGCCUCACUGUCGGCCAUCGGAACCCCGAUCGGAUGUUUGCUGAGCGGUUACAUGAUGGAUCAGUUUGGACGCAAGAAAGCCCUACUGAUGACUGAAAUCCCGCUAAUUAUUGGAUGGAUCAUGAUCUCCUGUGCCACGAGUGUAGAAAUGAUCUACGCUGGCCGUGUUCUGACGGGUUUCGGUUCCGGCAUGGUUGGUGCUCCAGCUCGUGUGUACACUUCAGAAGUGACGCAACCUCACCUGAGGGGGAUGCUGUGCGCAUUGGCUUCGACCGGUAUCAGCUUAGGGGUGCUAUUUCAGUACACCCUCGGUGCUUUUACGACGUGGAAAAUUCUUUCGGCUAUUUCGGCUGGUGUUCCGGUUUUUGCCUUCAUCCUCAUGUUGUUUAUGCCGGAAACUCCAAAUUAUCUGGUAACCAAGAACAAACCCGAAAAAGCGUUAAAGAGUCUGGCAAUGCUUCGAGGUUCGACCUACAAUUUGGAACGGGAGGUUAAUCAAUUGCAAACUUUUGCACAGAAAAGUAACCAGAAGAAAAAGCUGACACCGAAGGAGACACUUCAAGCACUGCUACAUCCGUCCUGUAUGAAACCGUUCGCAAUAUUGACAAUCUACUUCAUGAUGUACCAGUUCAGUGGUGUGAACACAAUCACAUUCUACGCUGUGGAGAUCUUUCGCGAUUCGGGUACUACCAUGGACAAAUACACCUGUACGAUUAUGCUGGGCAUUGUUCGGUUCGUGUUCACAAUCAUCGCAGCCAUCCUACUGAGAAGGUGCGGUAGACGACCGCUGACUUUUAUAUCCGGCAUUGGAUGUGGAUUCACAAUGAUCGGCUUGGGUACAUAUUUGUAUUUCAAAAAGACUUGGGAAUCGGCUGAUCCACCGAUCGCACCAACGGCCACAUGGUUUCCAGUAGCAUGUAUUUUCGUUUUCACCAUCACUUGCACGCUUGGCUUUCUGGUAGUUCCGUGGGUGAUGAUCGGUGAACUGUACCCCAUGAAAGUCCGAGGAAUCGUAGGAGGAUUCACCACCUGUAUGGCACAUACGUUUGUGUUCAUCGUGGUCAAAACUUACCCGUUCCUCUCGCAUUUGCUUGAGAGGCAUGGUGCCUUCAUUCUAUACGGAUGCAUUUCGUUUUUGGGCACUGUUUUCUUCUACCUCUGUUUGCCGGAAACGAAGGGCAAAAGUCUACAGGAAAUUGAAGACUACUUUUCCGGACGCAUCAAAUCAUUACAGAAAUCAAAGCAGUUGGAAGCCGAAGCGCAGAUGAACAACAACUCCAAACCACAGCUACUAUCCGUUGAAAAGAACAAGUUACUUCCUUGAGGAGGCUUAAUUAAGAUCAAAAGUGCCAUACGAAGCGUAUAUUGCUUGCGAACCGGAAGUAUUUUUAGACGGAAAGUGAUAUUCUCCGCCCUUCUCCUUUCCACUGUACUGAAACCCAAAAUGCCAAUCAUCCGACGCUGCUGCUGAAAUGACACAGGCACAGCAAUCCAGUGCAAAUUCUUAUCCUUUCUUUCCCCCAACACUAUCACAAUAAGGACCUACGGAACGGAGAGAAUGUUAUGUUUUAGUAUGAUAGUCUACAUAAGAUUACACGAUAAGUAAUUUCUCAUUAUAGUAUUAUUAACGAUGCUGGCCGCCGUAUGACUGUAAAUCAUUUUGAGACAUGUUUGAAUGUUGUAUGAUACCAAUAGGUGUUUUUGAAACUCGUUCGGUAAAUAGAUGACGCAUAAUUUUUUAUAAAACUUCUUUUGUGCAUGAAUGCUCAAUGAGUCGAGAUGAAUGGAUUCCAACUGAAAAGGAACAAUUUGGAAAGGGCCCAACUAUAAGCGUAAGUCACUCAGGUAACAUAUGGAAGUGCUUUUAAAAUACAAACUCAUACAAAGUGCUACUUUGCGAGAAGUUCUGUCCUCCACAGAAACAGUGGAACAGAACGCAAAGGAAAGAAUGGAAUCUGAUGCCAUAUAUAAAUUGAAUUGUAAAGAAGGAGCCCAAUUUUAUUAUAGAAUAUUUUGUGAUAGCGGUUUUCACUUAUACGGAGUAGACUACCGACCUGCUGAGUUACAAUGACUACGGAACAGAAAUCAAUUUGUUAUAAGUAGGUACUUAAUAAAAAUAAUUAGAAAUAUGAAAAAAUUAUUACAUA